AUGUCUGUAGCUCGGCCACCUGUCAAGGACUCUAACCAUGAACCGAAGAGGGCUAGGAUGGAGAUCCGACCGGCGUUGAGUUUCUCGGAUGAGGAUAAGGAUAGGAGGUAUAAUGUGAAGAAGGUGUUGGUGGAUCAGGGUAGCAGGACAGAGAUUAUGUACCCUGAUUUGUACAAGGGGUUAAACUUGAAACCAGAGGAUUUAGUAGGUUAUGAUUCACCUCUGUUGAGCUUUGAUGGAAAGGUUGUUAUUCCAAAGGGUCAGAUUAGACUACCCGUGCAGGUAGGCUUAGAGGUGGUGGAGGUGGAUUUUAUUGUGAUGGAUGUUUAUUCUCCCUACACAGCCAUUGUAGCACGACCUUGGCUUCAUGCCCUGAGGGCUAUUUCUUCCACCCUCCACUUGAAAGUGAAGUAUCCGUUCGAGGAUCAGAUCAAAGAGCUGAUAGGGAGCUAG